GCAAGUCUGGCCCAACACAAUUAGAAAGAACUCCAACCACAGUAGAAAGCAAAUGCCUUGCUGGUUCCAAAAGACAAAGAUCAAAGAGCCCACGAUCCUGCAAAGGUACUCCAAAAGUGAAACCACGAUCCUGGAAGGAGUCACAAGAAAGUGGAUCCAUUGAUUCUAGUGCAUUUACUCCCAAGGAUGUAGGAUGUCAAGUCAUGGAAGAUGAGUGUGAUGUGAGUGAUAUAACCUCAGUUCAAGACCAAAAGCAGUCUCUAACAACCACAGCAAGCAAGAAGAAAGGUGUAGCAUGUAAGCAGAAGAGAAACCAUGGGGGAACAGAAAGUCACACAAGUUCAUCCAAAAGAGAUCCUGAACCUUUCAAAGAGGUUGCUCGAAAGAAAAGAAAAUUGGAGCCUGUCAGCAUUGAAAGGGUGGCCCACUUGCUUCAUCCAAGACCGAGAAGGCAGAUGAAAAUAGCUGAAAGUGAUAUUGACUCCCGAAAUGAUCCUUCACCGGACAGAAAGUUUGGAAAGAACCUAGAAAAAGAGACUGACCGUAAGUGUGGGUCAAUGGGUUGCCGUAGAGCACCAUCCACAGGGGAAAGCAAAUACCUAGCUGGUUCCAAAAGGAUCAGAUCACAGAGUCCACGAUCACGUAAAAGUACUCCCAAAGUGAGUCCACAACCCUGGAAGGAGUCACAAGAAAAAGCAAUGAUUGAUUCUAGCGAUUUUGCUCGUAAGGACGUUCAUGUGGGAAGACAAGAGACCAAGUCUAGUAAUGUGACCACGGUUCAAGACCUAAAGCAGGCUUUCAAAAGUUCAGCAAGCAAAGAGAAAUGUUUAGCACAUACAGAGAAGAGAGACAACAGGGGAAGACCUAACGAAACAAAAAGCCAGAAAUGUUCAUCCGAAAGAGAUCCUCGGUAUCACAAAGAGGUUCCUGAAAAGAGGACAAAAGAGGUGUCUGGUGGCAGUGAAAGGACGGUUUACCUUCUAGACCCAAGGAAGAUGACGAUAGUUAUAUGUCCUCGAUGCCAGAAAGCAUUUACCACAUAUAUGGGGUAUUCCCUUCAUGCAGCUCAAGUCCACAAUGUCUCGGCCAAUGAUGCACCAGGAAAGCUCUUGCAGCUUCUAGUUCAAAGGUCACCUCAGUACUGUUCAAAGACCACACCUGACCAGGGUCUUGAUGAACCCAAGGACGAUGGGCUACGUAGAAAGAGUGGAAUCUGUCGGGAGAUGGUAGGAAAGAGCGUGUGUACCUCCAGUGAUGCCUUCUCUUCUACUGUAAAAAAGCACCUGUCAGACCAGAGCCAGCUUGCUGUCAAGAUGGCACAAACUGAAACUUCUGAUUCUCUGGGAGCAAUAUCCUAUGACAGCAGUGAAGGAAUAUUGUGUGCGAAAUCCACGCAAACAGACAUUUCAUUCUUAGAAGAGCCGUUCUGUGAUCAACGAAAAGAGAAUCGUAGGAUCUGGCAGAUUGAUGAUUUAAGAACAGAUGUUCAUGAAGGAAACAGUGGAAUCUCUCUGGAUGAUGAAGAUAAUGCAGGAACAAACCAGAAAGUUGUACCAGUAACCUCUUCCACCCUCUAUGAUCUGCAACCCAGUGACAGGAAUCAUGAACAGUCAGUAAAGAUGAGGUCAAAGACCUCAACGGAUCAGAUGAAUGAAACAUCCACUAUGAUUAAACACGGAGGAUCCCUUCUGUGCGAAUGCUGUGGUGUGAUCUUCAAAGAUCUGUCUGGUCUGGAUGACAAACAUCAACUUGGAUCAGUCCCUGGAGAGUUGGUGUGUGAGUGGACGGCCGGAGUGAAGGCGAUGGAAGAAAGCUCUUUCCUUUGCUCAACGUGUGGGAUCCAUAUAUCCUCUCUUACAGACCUGGGCAGCCAUUCUGCAAGCUGCGGUGUGGUGGUUCAAGAUUCUGCAGGAGUGGAUGACAGCGACCAGAUUAUAUCAGCUCCAGGAGAGUUGAUGCGUCCCUUAACAGCUCAAGAGGAGGCAAUCGCAGGAAGUGAUUACUUUUGCUCAGUGUGCAGGAUCAGUAUUCCCUCUCCUGGAGACUUCAGAAGCCACUCCUGUGAUAUAGCCGUGUCUGCAGGUGUCCACCAUCGGAUGAGCGCAUCUCUAAGCAGCAAGCCAAGGGUGGAUGUUGGUGACCCGGAAAGGUUGUCUAGCAGUCCGAUGUGCGUAGUGUCCAAAGGUGAUGUGCAAAGUGACAAGACAGUGCUGAAAGAGUAUCAGGGAUUGUUUGAUGGCUUCCCUGGUGUCGCAAAAGGAGACCAACCUCUGGACAGACGGGCCACUUCGAAGAGGAUCAACGCAGGAACUAAUAGAUCAGUCAUACGGAAGCAGCCAGGUAGUGUUUCCCAUGCAACGGUGAGGAUUCCUCAAAAAAUUGAGACCCCUGGAAACCCUGGUCAUGUUUCUCUGGACCACAUGCCAGAACAGUGUCAUGGUUUGUUGAAUGAAAGCACCGGUGUCAUUGAAGCAGAAAAAAAACCUAGAAACGGAUGGCAUACUUUGAAGAGGAUGAAUGUAGGAGCUGCCAGGAGACUAAACAUGGAAAGGAUUGAUAGUUCAUCCCAUGCAACGGUUAAGAUGCCUCAAGGAAUGGAGAACUCUUACGAUGUUUCUUUGGACAGUAUGCUAGAGCAGUGUCAGAGAAUGUUGAAGGAGUCUGCAGAUGUGCUCGGAGAUGGAAGCAUUUAAAGCCACACUGUACUACUUGUAGUUACUUGCGCCCUCGAUAUAGAAAAUAAUGCCUAAUCGGUGACCAUUGGUCCCCCA